AUGUCGAUUCCCGAAGAAACUAGCGUUCUCGUGGUGGGCGGUGGCCCUGCAGGCUCAUAUGCAGCAGCUGUGCUGGCGCGUGAGGGUAUCAGCACUGUGCUUCUGGAGGCCGAUCUCUUCCCCAGAUAUCACAUCGGCGAGAGUAUGCUUCCGUCCAUGCGUCACUUCCUUCGUUUUAUCGACCUUGAUGAAACCUUUGAUAAACAUGGAUUUGUGCAAAAGGUUGAGUCCCCCCACCCCAUGGGAACCAUCCAUGGAGACACGGAUUUCGUGGCUGCCGGUGGUCCUGAUGCCUAUGCCUGGAAUGUUGAUCGUGCCGAAGCCGAUAACCUGAUGUUUCAGCAUGCCCGCAAGAGUGGCGCCAAGGCUUUUGACGGUGUCAAGGUUAACUCGAUUGAAUUCGUACCUUUGAAUGAGCAAAACGGCCAAACCGAUUCUGAGCUCCCCAACCCCGGACGGCCUGUUUCUGCUGACUGGUCCCGUAAAGAUGGCACCUCCGGUACUCUUAAGUUCAAAUACAUUAUUGAUGCCAGUGGCCGUGCUGGGUUGGUGAGCACCAAAUACUACAAGAACCGCAAAUACAACCAGGGCUUGAAGAACAUUGCGAGCUGGGGCUACUGGGAAAACGCCAAGACCCAUGCUCCUGGUACCCAGAGAGAAGGCCAGCCUUUCUUCGAGGCCUUGCAAGAUGCCAGUGGUUGGGUUUGGACCAUUCCUUUGCACAACAACAAGACUUCCGUGGGCGUUGUUAUGAACCAGGCUACCGCCACCACCAAAAAGAAGGCUAUGGAUGAUUCAUCUACCAAGGGCUUCUACCUCGACACCCUGAAAUCCACUCCCGAGACAUGGGAUCUCAUUGCCGAUGCUGAGCUAGUUUCUGAUAUCAAGUCAGCUUCUGAUUGGUCUUACAGCGCCUCGACUUAUGCCACCCCAUACAUUCGUAUUGCGGGCGAUGCCGGAUGCUUUAUUGACCCCUACUUCUCCUCCGGUGUCCACUUGGCGCUGGCCUCUGGCCUUUCGGCCGCCACAACCAUCUGUGCUGCCAUGAAGGGCCAAAUUGAGGAGUCUGCCGCUGCCAAUUGGCACUCCAGCAAGGUCGGAACUGGAUACACUCGUUUCCUAGUCGUGGUUAUGAGUGCUCUGAAGCAGAUCACGGUACCAGAAGAGCCUGUUAUCGGUGACUGGGAUGAGAAGAGCUUCGACCGUGCCUUCUCCAUGUUCAAGCCUAUCAUCCAGGGUACCGCGGAUGUGAAGAACAACCUCACUCCAGCCGAGAUCUCCCAAACGAUUGACUUCUGCAUGAAGGCAUUCCACCCAGCACCCAAGGAGCAGCGUGAGAAUAUUUCCGAUAAGCUAGCCAACGGCGCUGCCGCCGGUAGUAGUUCCGCAAACCCUGCUCUAUCGGAGCAAACCCUUUCCGCCGAAGAGCAGCGGAUCUUAACAACCAUGAGGGCCAGAAAUGCCAUCCGAACUGAGGACCUAAUUCACAUUGAUAACUUCAGUGUCGAUGUAGUUGAUGGAAUGGUCCCCCACUUGAAGCGUGGAGAGUUGGGCCUGGUUGAUGCUGCAGUGGCAAAGGUCAAGACCCCUACGGCUGAUACUAAGCAGUCGGUCUCGAUCUUCUCUUACUAG